AUGCAGCUUAACGAAGCUCUAAUCCCUAACCGUCCUUCUCCUACUGCCGAUGCCAACGUCGACUCUACUGUUAACCCUAACCCUGGCCCUAGCCCUAGCCCUGGCCCUAGCCCUGCUGCUGUCCCUGCUGCUGUCCCUGCUGCCCCUGCUACUGUCCCUGCUGCUGUCCCUGCUGUCCCUGCUGUCUCUGCUGUAGCAGAGGCAGAGGCCUCUGCGUUAGAUUAUAAGGAUUUUACCUACUAUAUAGGUUGCCUAGUUACUUCUGCGCUACGUAUUACUCUACUACUCUGCGAAGACUAUGUCCGCAAGCAUAUAUAA